AUGUCCUCCACCACUAUGAUCAUGUCUUCUUCUUCUCCUACCUCUAAGUCAUCCGCUUCUCAUGAUGCACUAGGAAAUGAUCCCUUGAUGCAUUCUUCCUCUACUUCUAGUCAUCCGGCCUCCUUUUCUCCGACCACCAAUAACAUCGUCGACAACAUAAUGUCGUCGACAAAGGAGGACAAACCUGAGGCUGAAGCUGAUGAUCAUGUGAACUUGGCAAGCUCUGAGAAGAAGAAGAAUGACAGCGACGGUGAUGAUAAGUAUCCGAGUGGGGAAUUCGAGCUCCGGGAGCUGGGUGCCUGGAGAAAGUUUAAUGCCAAGUGUAAGAUGUUUUUAGCUUGGCCUGGGGAGCGCGUGAAGAAAGGCAGUGUCUUGACAAUGAAAUUGGGCGGCAAGAUAAGUGAAAAGUUAAAGAGCAGAUCCACUUCAAACUUGUCACUGCCUAGAAUAUGCGAGAACUUUGUAAAAGCUGCUUAUGAUCCUCGUAUCUCUGGCAUCUAUCUUCACAUUGAUAAGUUGAGCUGUGGUUGGGCCACUGCAGAGGAAAUUCGUAGGCAUAUUUUGGAUUUUAAAAAAUCAGGAAAGUUUAUUGUGGGGUUUUUACCUGUUUCUAGAGCGAAAGAAUAUUAUAUAGGCUGUGCAUGUGAAGAGCUCUAUGUGCCUCCUUCUGCUUACAUUUAUCUGUAUGGAUUGACAGUUGAAGCAUCAUUCCUGAGAGGUGUUCUUGAUAAAGUUGGGAUUGAACCCCAAGUAGAAAGGAUUGGCAAAUAUAAGGCUUACGGGGAUCGAUUCACUCGCAAGAACAUGUCUGAAGAGAACCGAGAGAUGCUGACUGCAUUGCUUGAGAAUAUAUAUAACAACUGGAUUGAUAAAGUUUCCCAAACCAUAGGCAAGGGGAAAGAAGAUAUAGAGAAAUUUUUAAAUGAAGGUGCAUACAAAGUUGAACGGCUUAAAGAAGAUGGAUGGAUAACUGAUAUAAAAUACGAUGACGAGGUAAGGACCAUGCUGAAGGAGCGCUUGAAACUUCCAAAGGAUAAGAGUCUUCCUACUGUUGGUUACAGAAAAUACUCUGCAGUUAGGGGAUCAACCCUUGGUUUAAUUGGUUCCAAGGAUAAGAUAGCUGUAAUCAGAGCCUCUGGAAGUAUUAGUCAUAGUGGCUCUGGGAUUGUUGCUGAAGAUAUUAUUAAGAAGAUUCGUAAAGCAAAAGAGUCAAAAAAGUUCAAGGCUGUUAUCAUCCGCAUUGAUAGUCCUGGAGGUGAUGUUCUUGCAUCUACUUCAAUAUGGAGGGAAAUCAAAGUUUUGUCGGAGUCAAAGCCUGUCAUUGCAUCAAUGGGUGAUAUGGCAGCAAGUGGAGGAUACUAUAUGGCAAUGGGAGCUGAUGUUAUAGUUGCAGAGAAUCUCACAUUAACUGGUUCAAUUGGAGUUGUGUCUGCAAUGCUCAACCAUGGGAAAUUGUAUGAAAAGAUUGGUUUCAACAAGGAGAUAAUAUCCAGGGGAAGGUUUUCUGAGCUUUUUGCUGCUAAUCAACGUCCCUUCAGAUCUGAUGAGGCAGAACUCUUUGCUAAGUUGGCUCAGAAUCUGUAUGACCAAUUCCGAGACAAUGCUGCGGUUUCAAGAUCAAUGCCUGUAGAGAAAAUGGAGGAAGUGGCACAAGGUAGAGUUUGGACAGGUAACGACGCGGCUUCACGAGGUUUAGUUGAUGCCAUUGGUGGUUUCCGUCGUUGUGUUGCAAUAGCAAAGCAAAAGGCAAAUAUACGGCAGGAUCAUGAGGUAACGCUUGUUGAGAUGGUCAGGGCACCGUCUCUGCUUAAAAAGUUAUGUGGCAUUCGAAGUUUUCUCGCCGGAGCAAAUCAAAAUGCUAAAAUUGCUAAGAGGAUGUUGAAUCUGUUAGACAAUUUGUCAUCCUCCGAUGGGAUUCAAGCGCGCAUGGAUGGGAUAUUGUUCCAGCUCUUAGAUGGAAUUGAUUCUCCUAGUCCCAUGUUAGCAAUGUUGGAGGACUACCUGAUUUGA